UAUUCAAUUGUUGGACAUAUAAAUUAUUGACCUACGAACGAUUCUUUAUCGUUGUGCUGUGAGAUUAUUGAAUAAUAUUAAGUUUUACUCAUCUGUCGGUCAAACUCGUUGGAUCUUCAAUUAAUCAUUUAAAAAUCAAUCGGUGACUAACGAAGCAUUUUAACCUCAGUACAAACGAGUACAAACCUGGGACAAACGACAUAAUUAAUUCAUUUGACGAAAAGUAAUCACCUGUGGUUAUCUACACACGAACGGCCCCUUGAUUGUGAUUAUUUGUUGAUGUAGUGGGUAAAUGUCAGUUCUAAUAAUACAUUCCCCGAAAGAAAUCUCGGAAAUAAAUUGAAAGCAUUGUGCAAUCGACCGUAGCCUGCCACGUGCAUUCUCAGUGAAUAUCAUAAGUUCUGGAUGCAGACUGGAAUAAACAGACUUUUCAGUGAUAUGUGCUCGUGUACGUCUGUCAGAGAUACGAGUUGGUGGGUGUAGUGUCGCAUUACUCAGCCCAGGAAAAGGUGAUUUUGGGUGGUCAGCAGAAUUCGAUGCCAAAGAACGGUGGUGUAGGAAGAUGCUAUGGCGGCCUCGGAGUCACGCAAUAACGAGGAGGAUAUGAAUGGGGAGUCUGAGUCAGAGGGUAGCAGUAUUUAUCAGUGUGGAUCGGUCAUAUCAACAGUACCUGACAGGCAUGGCUUCCUGGGUGGAGCGCAGUACAGUCCUGAGAGGAAACAAGCAAUAUCUCCAGAGGUGAUUUUAAGAAGAGAAAGAAAAUGGAUUCGAAUGCUGAACAAUUGGAGUUCAUUUAUGACAAAUAAUUAUCGUAAAGUACGUGAGAGAUGUCGAAAAGGAAUACCUCCGUCGGUGAGGCUUCGUGCCUGGCUGAAUCUCUGUGGUGGUCAACUCUUGAUGACCGAGAAUCCAAAUUUGUACGAGGAGUUGUUAAAACGUCCUGGGGAUCCAAAGUAUCUCGAGGAUAUAAAGAAGGAUCUGCACAGACAGUUUCCACAUCACGAGAUGUUCGUAGAGAAUGGUCCUGGUCAGCAGCAGUUGUUCCUAGUGCUCAAGGCUUACUCGAUAUUAAACAGUAAAGUUGGAUACUGCCAGGCGCAAGCUCCCAUCGCUGCUUUUUUGUUGAUGCACAUGCCGUCAGUCCAGGCUUUCUGGUGUCUCGUGGCGGUUUGUGAUAAAUAUCUUGUAGGCUACUACAGCCAAGGGAUGGAGACACUCCAGAGGGAUGGGGACAUACUCUUUGCAUUGUUGAAGAGAGUUUCUCCAGUUGCUUAUAAACAUCUGAAAAAACAGAAAAUGGAACCGAUUUUGUACAUGACUGAAUGGUUCCUCUGUGUCUACACGAGGACCCUCCCUUGGGAGAGCAUUCUCAGGGUUUGGGAUAUGUUCUUGUGUGAAGGAGUGAAGAUAAUAUUCAAAGUUGGUCUUGUGCUGCUCAAAGGAUCACUGGGACGCUCGUCCCUCACCAAACAAUGUCCUACCAUGUAUGAAACCCUCCAAUUAUUAAGAAACCCUCCACCAGAGAUAAUGGAAGAAGAAGCACUAGUUAAUCAGAUCAUGAGACUGAAUUUGAGUGAAGAGGAUUUCGAGUACGAGCACCAGAGACAGAUUCGAAAGAGGAGUAAAAUGAAGGAUCAAACUUCUCAUGCCACUGCCAACGGCCUAGACUGAAUCUACCGACAAACUGGACAUUGAGAAACCUCAAAAAAAUUUCCAAAAAAAAAUCAAUAUCCUAAUCCUCAGUCAACAGGUGUGCCUUUCUCACAAGUAAUAUCCUCAAUUAAACAAAAAGAGAAUUAAUCAUACAUUUUCUAAGGCUAGUUAGGCAAUUAAAGACAGACAAACAUAAUAAUCAAAUCGAAUAAUCGAAGUAUCUUGCGCACAUUCCCGUGAAUAAUCCCACGAAUACCCAUUGUAUUUUCUCAUGUAAAAAACCCUCAAAUGUCAUUGGCAACAAAAAAUGAUUGCACAAUUCCUAUAUUUUUCCUCAAUAUAAAAAAUUCCCAUGCAAUUACUAUUCAUAAUAUUCAUAACUGAGAUAAAUGGGGGAAUUGUUAUUAAAAUUUAUGUUCUUCAGUUAAUAUUAGUAUUUAUGUACAAAACUUAGGUGUUUCCACAAUCAGUCGUAUUUUUUAAUAAUAAAAGAUAAUGCUUAUUAUGGUAUGUAAUAAUAUAGAAUGAAAGAUUAUUUAAUUUCGUUGAAUUGGUGAAUAAAUAAUACAUUUGAUUGAGUUUAAAUAAAAA